CACCCUGUCAAACUCCUUCCAACGAAACGAACAAAAAAAAAACCCCAAGAUGAACGAUCCACAAAUAGCAACAGAACCCUCCCCUCCUCCCACGUCUAAACCCUCACAACUCCUCUAAAACAUGCGCUGAGAACUCCGCAAAGCCCGCAAAGCCAUCGCCGCACGAUGGAGGUGCGCAAUGGAUCGCGAUGCGUACGCGCAACCCCCUCGGGCGACAACACCGCAGCAUCACCAGCUCCAAAGGAUGUCCGGUAAUUGGAUGCGGAAAGAGGGUGUAGGAGGGUGUGUUUGUGUGUGUGUGUGUGUGAGAGAGAGAGGGUGGAAACACACACAAGCACAGAUCACCCGCCCGCGAACACUGUCUGUGCCAUACUGUAGCGCUACAAACACUGUUGAGAGGCGACGGCCCCGAGAGCGGGGUAAUGGAGUAGUCGCUGAGCGCGAGCUUUUUGCUACGCGUGUGCCGUCUCGCUCGCUCGCUCUCAAAGCAAAAGGGGGAUGGUGGUGGGGAGCACCACCGAAACUCUCCGUUAUGUGUGGAGCGACAGCGUGUGUGCGCGAGGGUGCGCGCGAGCGCGCGCACCCCGUUAGUUCUCCUUGAGAGCGAGAGAAAGAGAGCGAGCCUAUGUGAGUGUGUGCGCGCGCGCGCGAUCUACGCGCAAAAGCUUAUCGCUUACCCUUUUCCGCGCACCGCUUGCGCCGUUCACGCGCAAGGAGAGCUAACCCCGCUAAAGGGGUUCGGUUCGUUGCCGGAGAAGACGCAACCCCAUCCCCCUGAUACACCCUACACCCCCCUCCCUCUUUCAGAGCAACUGCUUCGAAUGUCCCAAAAGCAAAAAGUGUACGGACUCGUUCGCGAUGUCAACUCGAUGCCAGUACAAACGGCUGAACCCCGAAUCCUACCUUUUGCCUAAAAUCCGACACCCCAACAAGCAGCAGCAGCAGCAGCAGCCGAGCAGUAACAGCAGCCGAGCCAGCAGCAGCAGCAGCAGCAGUGCCAAUACCACAUACACACACACACACACACACAUGCACGGAACGGGCUCGGACGCACACAGAGAGCCAGAAGCGCAAAGAGCGCAGAGCGGCGGCGGGGCCGGUCUCGUACCUUUUUGGACGGAAGGGUUGCCAACUCUCGCGUAUUAAUAUCGUGGCGAUGCGCACGAACGGCGUCAGUCGAGUUUUGCGGCGGGUUGAAUCGGAUCGGUGUCGCGGUGUCGCGCAAAGCGCUUACACACAGGUAUCACAGACGCACACACCAGCACAGGCCAGCGCAGUGGUAGAGUGGUAGAGCAGCAGCGUGCAGCAAGCCAGAGACUCGCCCAGCCACGGCAGCCCUCCUGUCGGACGGCCAGCAGAGGAGGACGUGUUUUUCUUUUCCUACGAGACGGAGGCGCGGGGUUCGAUCGGUGAUCUGUGUCCGGCCAAUUUUCCCUCCUAGCCGAGCAUUCGUCGAGCGACGGCCGUGCGCGCGGUGUGUGUUUCAUCGCAAAGUUGGAACUUUGGAGCCAUUUGGUUUGGCGCUUCGGUCAAAGCGGUCCGAGCGGUAGAGUGACAAAGAAAAGCCCCAUUUUCGUACCCCUCCUAGUGAAGUGUUGGGGUCCUUGUGUAUGCGUGCGUGUGUGCAGUUGAGAAAGCGAGUGUGUUUUUCUAUUUGUGGUGCAUCGCCGUGCACGUGCUUUUCAUACACGCCCCGGUGUGUUGGUGGUUUAGGGUGGCACGGCUGCGUGCUCUAGCCGUGCGAAUUUCAUUGCCGCGUUUGUCAGACUAGUAUUGUAUUAGGGAAAACUCUGUAACAGCAACAGUAGUAGGCUGUGCCGUGUGACUGGAGCUCGCACUGGUGACUUGUGUGCGACAGUUUUCGCUAGGGACAGUUUUGGAGAAACAGUAUCGGAAUUUGCCUCGGGAAGUGCCCCGUGGGCCAAACAAAGCAAGAGGACGCCCGAGUCCACGCCUAGCCAAGAUGAGUGCCACACCGCCGGUCCAUGUGCUGCAGGCGAUACACGCGUUCGUCGCCAAGAUGGGCAUCCGGGAGCCGCGGCUGACCGUGUCGAGCGGUUCGCGCAACGGCGACAGCUACUCGGGCGACGUGUACCGGAUCGUGAUCGCGCCGGGCAGCCGGGACAUUGAGGACUUCGAGAACAACAACAACACGAACAGCAGCAAUCGGAUGCACGGCGAACGGCCGGCCACCGUCGGCCACGGGCUGCCCAUCAGAGCAACCACCACCACGGUCGAUGCGAACGGCAACGAGGAGAAGGACGACGGCAACAACGGCCUGCUGAACGCAGAGCUGAUGUUUGCCGAGCUGCCGAAGCCGUUCAGCGUGAUCGCGAAGGUGGCCCCGACCACGAGCCUGCGCCGCUCGCUCUACAACAGCUCCGCGCACUUCCAGCGCGAAAAGUACGUGUUCGACGUGGUGCUGCCGAUGUUCGAGCGCUUCCAGCAGGCGCGCGGGCUGCGCACCGCCAAAAGCUUCGCGCACUACCCGAGCGUGAUCGUGUCGGAGUGCUGCGAGGGCUUCGAGUACAUUCUGCAGCGCGACCUGAUGGCGCACGGGUACCGCAACUUUCCGCGCACGGAGCCGCUCGCGUACGAGGACGUGCUGCUGGUGCUGACCCACCUCGCCCAGUUCCACGCGAUCUCGUUCGCGAUGCAGCAGCAGGCACCGGACGCGUACGCCCAGAUCGUGAGCGAGCUGCAGGAGACGAUCUUUGUGCCGCCGCUGCACAGCUCGUUCGUCGACUUUCUGCAGCGCAAGGUGGACUACGCGAUCGAGACGCUGCAGCGCAAUCCGGCGGCGGGCGACGGGGCGGUCGCGGAGCGGCUGUGCCGGUUCCGGGACGAGUACGGGCAGGCGAUGGUGGACUGCGUGCAGAACCGGGACGAUACCGUCAUCUGCCACGGGGACUGCUGGAUCAGCAACAUCCUGUACCGGCCGAUGCCGGCCCAGCGUAACGGUACCGACGAUGGGCACAACAACAACAACAACAACAACAACAACAACAAUGGCUUCAACAACCAUCAGCACAACCACCACCACCACCACCACAGCCAGAAUGCCAAAGAGCUCAAGUUUCUCGACUGGCAGGUGGCCCGGUGUGCCACGCCCGCCAUCGACCUGUCCUACUUUAUCUUCUGCUGCACGGACAGCGAGCUGCGCGAGCGGCUGCCCGAGCUGCUGCGCAAGUACCACAGCGCGCUGGUGCGCCGCAUGGACGAGCUCGGCACGGUGAACGGGCGGGAGCUGUUCCCCUUCGAGCGGCUCCAAAUGCACAUGAAGAAGUACGCCCGGUUCGGUUUCGGCAUGGCACUGAUGACGCUCCAUUCGACGUGCUGCGUGGAGAAGGAUCUGCCGAACGUGUCGGCCGCGCUCGAGACGACGGAGCUGGUCGACAUCGACGAGCUCGCCAAGGACAUGCUGUACAACCCGGCUUACAUUAAGCGGAUGUCGGGCGUUUGCCGCGACAUGGUACGGUUCGGUUACCUGUAACCACGGCAGGGUGUGUGUGUGUGUGUGUGUGCGUGUGUGUGUGUGCCAUCUGGACAGCCAGCAAUCUCGCAUUCUCUUCCCAUUCCCACUGUCGUUCUUUCUCUCUUCACGCGCCCGCGCUCUCUCUCUCUCUCUCUUCCUGUGCGAAAGUGGUUCGCGGGACAAACGGCCCGCCAUGGCCGCCACGAAUUGGAGCAGCCAAGUUUUAUUUCUUUUUUUUUGCGGCCCCUGUCUAAGGGAUAGUUAAGGUAGUACUUAAGGCUAAGCUAGACCCAUUUCGCGCGUUGUGUUUUAUCCUAUGCAGUAUUUUACCGAUUAACCUGCGGCUUUGCGUUGCGCACAUAUUACCACAAUACCAAUCAGCGCCAGGCCAUCGCCACAAAUGAACCUGCAGUUCGAACAAAACAAAUUCUUCACCACUACAGUAUUGGGCUCGCGCGGUGGGUCUUUUUAUAAUAGAGCAGCCAUGGGGAGGCAGCAGGGAAGAUCGCAAUUGCCAGUGCGGCGUAUGUGGAUGUAACGGUGCGAAUAGGGAAGAAAAGCACCGGGGCACCACGACACGACGAGCGAGUACCGGACAGGGGACGGGACGACGCGCGAGAAGGCUAAGAGCUAAGUUACCAAUUAGGCAAAAAGGAGCGCGCGCAACUACUACUGCACACUGAAACAUUACGAAUCGUAAUUUGAAAUUAUUUCACAAUCAUCACAUUUUAGUGAUUGGCACAAAGAUAUUAGGCAGCGUUUAGCAGGUAAGCAGGACGGCCCACCAGUCCACCGCCCAGUAGUGGUGGUGGUGCCGAUGGUACAAUUUUAAUGCAGGUCUGUGUGUGUGUGUGAAUGUUUGUGUGUGUGUGAGAGAGAGAAAGAAUGAGAGAGAAAGAGAGUGAGAGAGAGAGAGAGAGAGAGAGAGAGAGAGAGUAAGUUAGGUGUUUAGGCGGUUAGUGGAGUUACCCAUACCUGCAAGUACAGUUUGCAUGAGUUUGGCUGGCAGCAUAUGGAUACUGUAGUUUGAUGUUGUCGAAAGCGCGCGCCGCGUGUGUCAAAAUCGCUUGUGCACAGCAGGCGUGCGGUGGGUGGCACGGGCACGGCAGUUACGAUGCUUUAAGUUGCGCGAGAAGAACAAACGUGUGGAGCAAAACCCGGAUACCACUAGAACACUACGCCCCAGAAGAAGAAAAAAAAAACCCUAACACAUCCAUCGCAACCGACCAACCAACCAACCGGUAACGCCCAUGUAUUCAAAAUUCCAAAAAAGGAAACAAAAAACAAACAAACAAACAAACAAACAAACUGCAUUUUGCAAACAAAAAACUGUCUGACGUUCCUUUAAUCAUAGCUUUACCAUUCGGGUGUUUUUUUUUUUGUUGUUGUUAAACGUAUAUUUAUUCGCAAAGCAUAAGCAAAAAUAGGCACAACUCAGGUAGUUUGUAGAGAUAAAUCGUUAAGGUUUUGCUUACUUAGGCAUACGUAAGCUCGUUACACAUCGUCUCCCACGACGAAGUGGCCGCCAAUCUGUAAUGAUGCUAUCAAUAAAAAUCGAUACACUAUGUACAAAAUGAA